AUGGCUCGUGCCAUUUUCUGGCUUCUGAAGUGGUCCACAGAUUCUCCCGUCAAUGGUUUCAUGUAUCUAUUUCCUGUGGACAUAGAACUCAUCGAAGGGUUAAUCCAAAGAACUCCUGCCCUGUCAGUCACUGACUGGUCUCAUAAACGCCCUCUUUCCUAG